AUGCUGCAUGCUUUAAACUUUGUUGAAAAAUUAGAUGAAAACUUCAAGAGGUUGACAAAGGAAUGCUAUAUGGGUUCAAUUUUGCGGCGAGAAGUAAUGCCACAUUUGCACAGCUAUCAGAUGGAUCUAUUGGGAAUAGACGGAAUCGCAAACAAUCGUACAAAUUUUACAGACGGAACUCCGAUAACUGGAGUACUUGACAUUCGGUGGAGUAGACAUAUCGUCGGCCUAUGCUAUUCGUUCCAUUACAACGAUGGGGGUAUUGUUAAAAGGUUCCUGAUUUACUUCAUUGCAUCAUCUACACUAGCCACUUCAGUGAUUGCACUCGUUAUCUCCACGUAUACAUCAUUCGUCAAGCUGAUGCCUUUCGGUUUUGUGAAAGGCGAAGAUUUUCCCGGCCUGAGUGCCAGCGAACAUGGGUCAUUUUCUGAAUUAUCAACGGAUUCUGAGGAGAGAAAACCUUGGGCUACGGCAGUAUAG